AUGAAAGGCUACAUUGAGAUGAAGGAGCGGGCUAAAAAGCUGUCGGUGAGGGCACGUGUCAUGGAGCCAUUUCACGAGGUGACUCCGAGCAUGGACGAUGCAGCGGUAGCGGGGUUACCGAGUCGCAAAGCGAUACAUGAGACUUUGCGCAAAACAAAAAAAACUUCCCUCGGGCUACCGACGGCCCCAUCCAGUCGGGAAGGGCUGGCGGCUUUGCCCUCUGCAUUUGUCCAUGUGAAUGCUGGGGGCCUCAGUCGGUCAACCUUAUUGUUCGAUAGCGGCGAAGGGGAUAAGGAUCGCCUCAUCAUCUGGAUGGAUCCUUGGGUGAAGGACGUGAUGAAGAACGACGGAGAAGGUUUCCACAUUUCUGUGGAUGGGACGUUCAAGACUUCUCCGACUCAUUGGGCCCAGCAAUUCACGGUCAUGGUCCGCUUUGACUGUGGUCGCAUGUUUCCUCUAUUCUACGCUAUUCUCCCGAGAAAGAAUGGAAAUACCUACGAGCGAUUUUUUGCGGCGAUAGAGGGAUCGCUGACUCAGGAUGUGGGGAGCUGCAUGAUGGAUUUUGAAUACGCUGUGAGAAAAGCUUUCGAAGGCGUAUUCGGGAAAGGAAAGGUUGUUCUUUGCUACUUCCACUUCUGCCAGAACAUAAGGCGGAAGUUCGAGAGCCUUAUACGGAAGCCGGUUGCUUCUAAGGAGCAGCAGGCUCUGCGAGAAGAGGUUUACUACGACAUAUUGGCGCUCCCCUUUCUUCCGCUUGAUCUCGUGGACUUGGGAAUGGAUUUCAUCUGCGACAAACUCUCGGGAGACGACCGUCGUUUUCUUCUGAAGUACCUCCGCCCUUACUACGGCAUGAAAGGCAUUCAUCCAGCAAGAUUGUGGAACUUGCGUUUGCGCGUUGAGCAAGAACUACCGCGGACGAAUAAUGGCCAGGAGGGAUUCCACAACCGUUGGAACGGUCAUUUUCCGGGAUCAAGCCAUCCUACAAUCUGGUCAUGGAUAAGCGUGGUUCAUGAUCUCAUGAAGGAGACGAGGGCCGAAUUACUUAUGAUGCGAGAGGGGGAAAUCUGGCCUCGUGAAGCUCGAUACCUCGAGAAUGACGCGAUACUGCGCAGAGUUUGUCGCUUCAGAGUAGAUUCGGCGAGCCUCGGGAGCUGGUUCGAUAAAGUAAGGGCUUCCAUCAGGAGGAUCGUGAAGGAUAUGCCUCGCGAAGUUGACGAGGCGGAGUCUCUAGAGUUCCCUACUAUUGAGCCUGCUACUGAUGCGAAGCGCAAGGCAGACUUUGGUCCCAAUUAUUCGGGAGUGAAUCAGCGAAAGCGCCUCGCAGCUGUGACUCUCAACGAUGCGGUCGAAUUCUCGCAGGAUUCGGAAUCUUCUGAGCCUCCAAAUAACGACACUGUGGUGCUCGGGGUACCCGAGGGUUCCAGCUUGGAUGAUGGCUUACUUCGCAUGUUCAAUGAGGUGGCAGCUGCUUUCGCGGGCAACACCUUAGUCGAAAAUUCCUUAAUGGAGGCUCCUCCGAUGCCAGCUCAGGCUGAGGCGGGAUCUCAGGGUAUCGCAGUUCAACCACCUUCCCAGGAGAAGUCGGGCUCAGACGGAACUGACCGUAAGAGCGAUAAAGGACGGAACUCCUUCCCAACUUGGCGUAUUUUUCCGGGGAGAGAAGUGGGUACGACCUUGCUCUUGACGACCCAGGAUCGAGAGAAUUUGGUUGUCGAGGACUCGAGCAUUUCCGACCAGGUGAUAGAGGCUUGGAUGACCCGUAUCGAACACAAGUUCAAGAGGAAGGUUAAUCGAGCUCAGGCAGUAUGGCUAUCGGGCUAUGGGUUUUCCCCUGUGCCUGACAAUGAUUUGGUUGUCUUGCAGCCAAUAUCUGACGGCGGUUGUCACUUUACCUGCACGGUGCGGAUUAAUGGUGAUAUAUUUUACUUUGAUAGUUCAUACGGAGAGCAGGCUAAGGUCUCGGAUUACAUGAAGGUACGGCUGAGGCAGCUCUACGGAUCUGGUGCUAAGGCGGUAUGCCCUUCUGUUCAACAGCAAACCAUUGGAAGUAAUCUUUGUGGGGCGUUCGUGUUGGCACGACUAACGGCAUAUGCUGCUUCGCCUCAUCAAAAACCUGACAAGUUUCUAUUUCGGGAAUCUGAGAUGAGGCAGCAUAUUUUCUCCUGCUUGGAAGAUGAGAGUAGGCGGUCUCUCCUCUUUCCGAGAAUACGAGGCAGGACCCCGCCUGAUGUAAUCUUAUCGAAAAGGUUUUCUUUCACAUUGUGA